UAAAGCCAUACCUCAUGCUCCGACAGCACGCUAGUCUUGUUCCAACCAGCAAAAGAAGCGCUGUCGAAUCUCUCUACUCCUGUCCAAUCUUUUAUCACUGCGUUAUUCAGAUAUUCUGCAAUCGAAAAUAAUGAUGCGCUUCAACAGUAUGUCUUCGUCGUCAACUAUUCUACUUUUGUUUGCGGGAAUUGUCAUCUUCGCCGCAGUUCACGUGCAUUCUCGAGACCUCGACUGUCGGCGAUUCGUAUUCGCUCCGAUGUGCAGGGGGGCCACGAUCAAAAGGUCAUUUAUUCCAAAUAUUGGUGUGAAUCAAGAUGAUGUCCACGAACUCCUGUUGGAUUAUCCUAAACAGCAAGUGAUGGACGCAAAAACUCAACCCUUGAUACCCAUCUUGAUCGAUCGGCGUAUCUUCGAAGCCCGUUCGGCGGCCAAUCGUCAUCAAGCGCAGCUCGAUGCUGAAGACUGACCAGUUGACGGCUUUAUGUAACAGUUACACCUAGCCGGUUCAGUGAACCUUUAAGAUUGACCUCACCUUUAUUUGCUUCCCACAAAAAUAUAUUUGAUGUAUUUCCUUCCGAUUUGUUGUUAAACCUCCGACACGAUCCAUUUACAAUACUUUUAAGAAUGUAACUUAAUUAAACAUACAUGGGCAAAUAAAGGGACGUGUCAAGCAAAGUCA